GAUAUUUAUCAUAUUUUAGAUUAUUUAAAAUUGGUCUUUAUAAACGCAAUCAAUUUAAUAAUAAAAAUUAUUUUUCGUGUUUUCUCAUAUUAUUAAAAUCAAAUUGUCAGUCCUAAACUUUCAUUUCUGCUACAAUUAUAAUAAUCAUUAAAAAUGGGUUUCUACUAUUAUUUUGGAAUAUUUCUUUAUUCUGUGUGUGUAUUUAUCACACUUACAAAUUCAGCUGGAACAUCAAGUAACAAUGACUCACAAGCACAAUUUCCAUUUGCAACUAUUUGCAAAGGUAUAGUAAAGUGUAAAUUGGCACCUAACAAAGAAAAAAAUAUUGAAACUGAGAAAGUACUACAAUUUGGAAAAAAACUUAAGUAUAAUGGAUUAGUAGAAUAUGCAUCACAAAAUAGUAAUAAUGAAUAUAUUGAACUUGAAGCAGUAUUACAAUUUUUGUAUAUUUAUUUUAAAGAACAGGAGGAACUGCUUAAAUCAUGCUUUGUUCUUUGUCCUAAAAUAUGUAAUAAUAUAGUAAAUGUAUGCUGGGUAUCUUUUUGUACUUCGGGAAAUAUAUUGUUUAAAAAAAAAUUACUUGGAAAUAUUCUUAAGAAGAUUGUCAAUAAGUAUACAACUGCUGGAUAUAAAUUCAAUUAUGAAGAUAUGUUUAGUAAAAUUAUGAUGGAUUUUCCAGUAAUUAUUAAAUCGAAGAAAUUAAAUGGAUUUGUUUUCUAAUUUUACACGUCUGUAAUGAUUUUUGAAUGAUUUGUAAAAAUAAACAAAAUAUUUUUCAAAUAUUAUUUAUAA